GUUACAUACACGAGCGUUCAAACUUUGCGGAAAACUGCGUCGCACGUCUCAACAGCGUAAACGUAAAAGCGUUUCCAAUGCGGUGGUUCGGUUUUGGCUUUAAUGCAUUUGGACAGAUUUAUGUCCACGAUAAAUUACUUAAAGGAGAGUGUAGCGACGCUGUAAAGGAAGUCAAAGUGAGUACACCAACAGAGCUUACUAGUCAGGAGGACAGAAGGGACUGCAGCUUGAAGACUGAUUGUCAAAUCAGAGCAAGCUGGAGUCGAAGAGCAUCUUUGUAUUUGGAUGUUGACAGCUGCGUGUGCCUAGCAGGCUUCGUCUCCAAUGAGUCCUGUGGUAUUCCUAUGAAAGAGAGUCGUGGCUGUAAAGAUGCCAUUAUCAAUGAAUCCUACUUGACCCUCGCUUUCUCAGACAGACUUGAGUGCUGGGAUUUGCAGAAGAAAGAGGAGACUCCAUCAUGGAGCAUGGAAAUAAAAACACACUCUGAGAGCUCUGGAACCCCUGUGCAUCUCCCAUUGGUCCCCGGGGGUUACAUAGCCACAAAACCACCCCUUUACCGCUCCUUAUCACCACACCUGAGAGCCAAGAGUCUGACACUGAGUGCAGAGCAUGCCAUCCUUCUCAGUGCCUCUGGAACUGUGUACACCUGGGGACUGGGCAGCCAUGGUCAAUUGGGGCACGGAGGCCUCACCCCUGAGGAGGAGCCCAGGGCAGUGGAGGCACUCUGGGGGAUGCCCAUGAGCUGUGUAGCGACAGGAGGCUGGCACUCUGUUUGUAUUAGUGACGGGGGAGACCUUUAUGUGUGGGGCUGGAAUGAAAGUGGCCAGCUUGGACUUCCAUCACGAGGUGUGAGGAAAGCACUGCCGCAGCAAAGUAGCCAACAAGCAGGAGCACCAUGCCAAGAGGCCAGCACAUCUACUGCUGAAGAGCCACAGGAGGGAGAGGAACAUGAAGAGGUAUUCAUAUCGAUCCAGGCAUUCCCUGCUCUGCUGGAUAUCACUCCAUCAUGUGAAGUCAGGACAGUCAGCUGUGGCUGCCGCCACACAGCUGCUGUAACAACCACCGGUGACCUCUUCACUUGGGGCUGGGGUGACUAUGGCCAACUUGGACACCAGACUUUAAUCAGUUCAGAUGAGCCCCAGCUGUGUGGAGUUCUUCAGAGAGCAGCAGAUGCGUGUGGUUGAUGUAGUGUGCGGGGCGUGGAACACUUUUGCUGCCGUCGUCAAGGAGGAAGUAGCUUGCUCUUAAAAAUACAAUGAAAUCCCCUCGAUAAAUGUGGACACUGGACUUUGGACAACAUAACAGGAAGUGUAAAUUAUCACAAAAAAUACAAGACUUUGAAUUAAAUGUAUUUUGUAUAAAAUAAACUUUUUAAAUGAGUA